GUGGGCAAGAUGGUGGCGCGCAGGAAGAAGCGUGCCCCGCAGAACUCUGAGGAUAGAAUCCCGAGCCCACUGGGCUACUCAGCGGUUCCGAUCAAGUUCUCUGAAAAGCAGCAGUUUUGUCACUACCUGUAUAUGAGAGAGCACAGAGUUCGAGAAGGCACCAAGUCUUCCUGGCCUCAGAAGAGGACCCUUUUUGUCCUCAAUGUGCCCCCGUACUGCACAGAGGAGUGCCUGUCCCGCCUCCUCGCCCCGUGUGGCCCCGUCCAGUCAGUGGAGUUUCACGGGAAGCCCGAGCUCACCGAUAGCCCGAAGGAGCCAAAGUCGAAGUUUUUCCACCCCAAGCCCGUUCCGGGGUUCCAGGUGGCCUAUGUGGUGUUUCGGAAGCCCGGUGGGGUGGCGGCCGCCAUGGCCCUGAGGGGCCCUUUGCUGGUGUCAACGGAGAGUCACCCCGUGCAGAGUGGCGUUCACAAGUGGAUCCGUGACUACACAGACUCCGUCCCGGACCCGGAGGCCCUGAGGGUUGACGUGGACACGUUCAUGGAGACGUAUGACAAGAAGAUAGCCGAGGAGGAAGCUAAGGCCAAGGAGGAGGAAGGGGUCCCUGACGGCGAGGGCUGGGUGAAGGUGACCCGCCGAGGUCGGCGGCCCGCGCUGCCCCGGACGGAGGCGGCCAGCCUGCGGGUGCUGGAGAGGGAGAAGAGGAAACGCGCCCGCAAGGAGCUGCUCAACUUCUACGCCUGGCAGCACCGCCAGACCAAGAUGGAGCAUCUAGCACAGCUGCGCAAGAAGUUCGAGGAGGAUAAGCAGAGGAUUGAACUGAUGCGGGCCCAACGCAAGUUCCGACCCUACUGAGCUGGCUCAGGAUUGAUUUCAACGUCUCAGUAAUGAGACCAUUGGCUCCUUUUUGUCGCAGUUCUCUGCGCACAUCGUUGCAUCCUUGGCUUGCUCUGGAAAACAAGAAACCAGGGUUUCUUUCUGGUCCACUUCCGGACAGUGCCCUCUGGCCUGGCCUGUUCCCCAGGAUCCCCCUACAUCAGGGCCCCUCUGAGCUCAGAUUAAUUCAGGAUUCAGCCCCUCGGUACGCAGCGCACUUGGAAUCCCAGGACCACCCACAGACUGCCACCGAGUGGUAGAGCCGUGCACCGCUGGAGUCUGCUUUGGGGAGAUAAUGAUCACCCAUUUUAAGUGUGUCCUUCCAUGCUUCUUACUGUACUUACAGGAUUGUGCAGUCAUAACUACAGUCGAUGUAGAAGGUUUUCAUCACCUCAGAAAAUCACCCCACUGUGUUGUGUCUCACACACAGCUGCCGUGCUGCCCACGCCCUCCCGUGGCUGUGCUCUCCUUCCACGCACCAGCUGCCGGAGGCUUCCCAAGAAAGACGCCACUCUGGUCUCGCAGUGGGAGAACUGGGGACCUCGUGCCAGGGACACCUGGAGGUUCCUAGCGCCCACGGCUUGUCUCGGGGGCUGGGUUCAGACUCACGUGGGCCUGCAGCUUCAUGAAGGGUACCAGUUGGUCUCUGCUGGUGAAUUGAAUGCAAUACUGUUUGCAGAGACAAAAACCAUAGUGAAUUCUCAGCACCAGGCACGGCUUGAGGGUGUGAAGCCCAUCUCUCUUGUGGACUUGGGGUACCUGGAAGGGCCACUUCACCCACGUACCUCUGACCACCUUGUCCUAUGACCAUUUACGAUCUGCUGUCCCCUAAAGUGACUGAGUCACACGUGACUUGGGUGCUCAAAAGGGAGCUGGUCCAAAUCGGGAUGUGCCAUCUUGGAUCACACACUGGGUUGUGAAGACUCAGCGUGGAAAACAAUGUCAGAUCGUCAGUGCUCUGUUACACUGGUUACCUACUGAAAGGGCGACAUCUGGAUGCUUGAGUGCCGAGUAUUGUUUCUACUGGAGAUGUGAGAUUACACGGGGCUCAUUCACGUCGGGCUGCUGUCGGGCUGCUCUCUCUGAGGACCCUCUGAGGGCUGCAGAACUCUGCUGUGUCCGAGGCUCAGCUUGCAGCUGAAGUCUUUAAAAAAAUUAAAAGACUAACCCUGGCUGGUGUAGCUCAGUGGAUUGAGCAGGAGCCUGCGAACCAAAACAUCGUGGUUCGAUUCCCAGUCACAGCACGUGCCUGGGUUGUGGGUCAGUUCCCAGCAGGGGAUGCACUGGAAGCAACCAUGCAUUGGUAUUUCAUUUCCUUUCCUUCCCUGUCUAAAGGUAAAAUUAAAAAAAAUAAAGAUUAAAAAAACUUUAAAAAAUAGACUGGCUGUUAAGUCACACUCAGUAGUCCCACACCGUCAAGACAGAUACCGAAUUUCUGCGAACACUCACGUGGAGCUGCCGCUUCCUCCACUAUCACUCAUCACCCCUGUUCGGCCUUGACCCCUCCAGCGAUGUCCUCCUCUCAGGCCCACCUGGGAACGUGUUUCUGGGUGCUUUGCCGUGAACAGGCUCCCAUAUCCACGGAGCCCGAUGAACCAAGGUUGACGGGAGACGCAGAC